AUGAGGGCUCGCUAUAAGUGGCCAGGUGGAACUGGUAUCAUCACUAUCGGGGAUGAUGCUACAUUGGGAGACGUAGUCAAAGAGCUGACAGCUAAAACUCUUCUUACCAAUUUCGGUAUCAAAUUUGGGCCACCUAAUGCAAUGAAAGCUCUUGAUAUGAACAGAACGGACCAAACAGCGAGAGAUCUUGGCCUUCACGGAGAGAUGCUGACCCUUGUGCCACACAACGAGCGCCGCUCUUCAUCAAGACAAUCUAUCAGUGCGGAGCGAAGUCUUCGACCGGAGAGUGAGCGAAGUCAGAAAAUGGGAUCCCAUGACGUCAAGGUGCCUUGGAGCGCUAGGGAUGGAACUCUUUCGUUUGGCGGUGCUCUGCCGCAGCAAGUGCUACCAUCGAAGCUGCGGCAAAUGAUGGCCGAUUAUAUCCAAGAACAUGCAGAUGUGUAUUCCGAAGCCAUCCUUGGAGUCCCUCCCCAGCAGUAUUGCCAGGCCAUUACGGACCCCGACCGAUGGGGAGGUGGCAUAGAAGAAGAAGUAUCUGACCAGCUACAGACGCAGAAUAUUAUCUCAUUUGGAGAAGGCAAGCGCGACCAGUGCAUUCUGGUCUAUUCCGGCAUCCACUACGACCGCAUCGCCUUCAGUUAUUCUGAAUACCCAUACACUGACGCUAUGCUACCACCCGAGAUGGACCGGACUACAUGGCCAGUAGAGGACGAGGAAGUUCUUACCAAAGCUGCGGAGUUGGUUGGAAAGCUCCAUGGCGCUCAUUAUUUUACAAACAUGGAUGGGCUUGUCUUGAAGUGUGACGUUGACGGUUGUGGUUGGAUCGGCUCAGGGCAAGCCGAGGGCCAGCGGCAUGCAGAAGAAACAGGUCACACUCAGCUGAGCGAAAUUGUUGAUACCCAGACAGAUGCUAUUCUACGCAAGUGCAACAUGCGAGGCUAUGAGUCUGCAGACUGUCCAAGUUUGCCAACGAGAGGCUCAGUAUUUCGUGCUUGUUCCUCCAUACCUGCUGACUCUGGGCGUACUGUCGGGCUUCUGAUACUGGUGGUGAUAUGCCGUAGACGCCUCAGCAAUUCCGUAUAUCAACACUCCAACAAGGGGAACACGCGUGAGGACAUAAAAGCCAAGUCCAAAGCCAAAUAA